AUGUCAGCCUCUACGAGAGCUUUCCAGCGUCUAUCGUCCGUUCGAUCGACUGGCCAAUUUUUGGGUUCUUCGGUAUUCCCUAUCACAAGUCGCAGCUAUGCCACAACUGAUGCCUCUUCCGCCACCUCAACCUCGUCCGAUGCAAUGACGCGGCGGCGAGCCACAACUUUCAAAGACAAAUUGAAUGCAGGCCCCUCCUUUUCCGACUUUGUAUCAGGAGGCAAAGAGGAGCCUCUUGACGCCUCGGAGGCUUAUGAGCUCAAAACGGCCCUGGUCGGGCCCGCUGGUCGCAAGAAGGAAAUGACUCGUUUGCCUUCGUGGUUGAAGACGCCCAUCCCUGACUCCAAGAACUACCAACGGUUGAAGAAGGAUCUGCGAGGUCUCAACUUACAUACUGUUUGUGAGGAGGCUCGCUGCCCCAACAUCUCCGACUGCUGGGGUGGCAGUGACAAGUCCGCGGCGACAGCGACGAUCAUGUUGAUGGGUGAUACUUGCACGCGCGGAUGCCGCUUCUGCAGCGUGAAGACUAGCCGCACUCCAGCGCCUCUCGAUCCCCAUGAACCCGAAAAUACCGCCGAAGCAAUCUCACGCUGGGGACUUGGCUACGUCGUCUUGACCAGUGUCGAUCGCGAUGACCUGGCAGACGGCGGCGCCCGCCACUUCGCUGAAACUGUCAUCAAGAUUAAGCAGAAGGCGCCCAACAUCCUCGUCGAGUGUUUGACGGGUGAUUACUGGGGAAACAUGGAUAUGGUUGCCUUGGUUGCGCGAUCCGGCCUGGACGUGUAUGCCCAUAACGUCGAAACUGUGGAGGCGCUCACACCGCACAUUCGGGAUCGUCGCGCCACCUUCCAGCAGUCAAUUCGGGUUUUGGAUGCUGCCAAGCAAGCUCGGCCGGAUCUAAUCACCAAGACCUCGCUAAUGCUUGGCUUCGGUGAGACCGACGAGCAAAUCGAGGAUGCUCUGCGACAGCUGCGCGCCGUCAAGGUUGACGUUGUCACUUUUGGCCAAUACAUGCGGCCCAGCAAACGUCACAUGGCAGUACACGAGUACGUCACGCCCGAUCGUUUCGAAUUCUGGCGCAAGCGAGCUCUGGAAAUGGGCUUCCUGUACUGCGCCUCUGGUCCUCUGGUCCGCAGCAGUUACAAGGCGGGUGAGGCAUUCAUUGAGAAUGUGCUCAAGAAACGCCGUGCUGCAAGUGGAGGCGUGACUUCCGCCGUGGAUUCAGCCUCGGCUUCUACGGACAAACCUGUCGCUUGA